AUGGCACCCAUCACUGAUGUGUAUAGGUAUGUGGCACCCAUCACUGAUGUGUAUAGGUAUGUGGCACCCAUCACUAAUGUGUAUAGCUAUAUGGCACCCAUCACUGAUGUGUAUAGCUAUAUGGCACCCAUCACUGAUGUGUAUAGGUAUGUGGCACCCAACACUGAUGUGUAUAGGUAUGUGGCACCCAACACUGAUGUGUAUAGGUCUAUGGCACCCAACACUGAUGUGUAUAGGUAUGUGGCACCCAUCACUGAUGUGUAUAGGUAUGUGGCACCCAACACUGAUGUGUAUAGGUAUGUGGAACCCAACACUGAUGUGUAUAGGUAUGUGGCACCCAUCACUGAUGUGUAUAGGUAUAUGGCACCCAUCACUGAUGUGUAUACGUAUGUAGCACCCAUCACUGAUGUGUAUAGGUAUGUGGCACCCAUCACUGAUGUGUAUAG